UCUUCACUCUUCACCUAUACGCGACGCGCUGCUGGAUCUCCUCUGACUGCUCUUCGCGUCCUUGUGUCUUCUGUUCUGCCACUCUGUCCGGUUGUUUGAAGUCCAGUCCUCUCUAGGGUGACGCGAACGGCUGUCUUAACUCAUCAGCACGCGCCCAAGCCUCCGAGGACACGCCCGCGGACCAACACUCCCAAUCCACCACCCCACCAUCAGGGUAUCUGGUCCUUGUCUGCAUACGUUGUCCAGCUAUCCCAUUGUUUUUGUCUUGUUUCUUGGAUCCGGGUCUGGUCCAUCUUGCGUUAUACACAUUGGGCCCUUACCCCGCUGCCAUGAUGCAGACCGACACUACCCACCCCAUAGACAUUGCUGCACCUCAUAGACUGGACGUGCCAGAAUCACAAGAGAGCGUAGAAUCUACCAUCUCCAGCAUUUUCUCUGCACCCACUUUAGGCUCAACCUCCAGUAAUAUAUCCUCGGAUCACGACGUAGCAUCGCUGUCUGGGCCGAGCGGCCUAGCAGGUCAGAGCAAGUCUACACAGAAGCCAAUACCAACUUCACCAAGUCGCGCUUACAGUUACGCGAUUAGUGGAGAUGUCACCCAGAUGCACGCAGCCGCUGCGAACGCGCUGCGAACCGGUCACACAGCAGCGGCGCCUGUAUCGCGAGUGUCCCCUACAACCCAAGGUUCUAAGCGAAGCGCAGACGGCUCAGUAAAGGAUCAUGAACUGAACAUAAGCUCAAAGGAAAGGGUCUUCGCACACAAGCGAAAUAAGAGUAUGGAUGUACAUUCGAGCACUCGGAUUGGAGAGCUAUCGGCCCAGCUCAAGACUCGGCUUUCAUAUGCAAUGGUCAAGGUACAGAAUGGCUGGGAGAAACAGUCGCUCGAAGAACUUGAAGAGGUUCAAUCUCAACGUGGAUCACCCAACUCUGCACCUGGCGGCUCUCGCGUUGCAUUCGACUCGCCAUCUACCACAGACUAUCGACGAAGACCCAGCGCGUUCUCUGACAAUUCAGACUACACGAUGAUGUCUCCAGCUUCUGACUCAGUACGGCCACACGCUCUUGAUUCAGUAUACUGGCGAUCGACCAACAAGCCAGCAAUGAACGCCGCCGCCAGUCUCAUCUCGAUUACGGGCGGAAAUGUAGCGAUCGGGCUCGCUCCAGCGCCUGAGUUUGAACAUACAAGAAGACGUCGAUCGAGCACUACACAUCCGCCGCCAUCAUUGAUAGGAUCAGCGCAAAGAAAACAUCAUAGCGAUGUUGGUGCUGGCCACAGGGUGCCUACAACACCUCGAGCAGGUAUCCUCCGUAUGCCGAGUCAACAAGCCGAGAAGGAUGCUGUGGACACUUUACUGUUCAUGAGCAGUCCCAAGAACUCGCAGCACUUUCCACACACCAGCCAGGCCGGACACAGCUCGCUGCGAGAAGGAGCACCUCAACGACGGGUCAUGUUUGAAGCAUAUCCACCUCAAGAUCGGCGAAUGGUUUACCAACCACCAAUGGCCACCUCAGGUCACUACUCGGCCGGACCGUACGCCCCGCAGCCCGCGCGGUAAUCAUUGGCACCCCUCAUUCCUGCCCCCACUAGGACCUUUUAACACCUUUUCUCAGGCUCGGCAAGCGCAUUGCAUUGAUGGCGUUGUGUCACGGCGAUACCCAGUUGCUUUUUGCAUUGAAGACAAGACAUGUCAUUAUCCCAACAUAUUAGGAAGAUUCAACAAGCCUUCCUUUGCGAUUGUCGUCGUUGGUGAUCUACUGGCCUAGGCCUCAUGUUGUUGUUAUUUCUAGGUUCCAAAGGCGGACAGGCCCGAUUGUGAAUUAAGCGAGCAUGUGUAGAAGUACCGAUACCUAACGAUAUAAUGAAAGCACACCUUAUCA